CGGAGCUCCUAGCGGUGUGGGAUCCGGACGGCGGCCUUCCCCCGGGUCUGUACCGGGGAAGUAAAGAAGGGAGACCGUCUCAGGAUGUCCUUCCGGGGCGCCCAGAUGGCCUCAGUUAAGAAUAAAGCUGGUUGACACCGGAUGUGUUUCCUCCCAGGCUAAGUCCAUCUUCCGGCCUGGGCCGCCGCUGCCGCGGAAGCCUCAACUCUAGUUUUCUGAGUCGAUUGUGACCAUGGCUGCUGAAUCUGAUGUUCUGCACUUCCAGUUUGAACAGCAAGGAGAUGUGGUCUUGCAGAAAAUGAAUCUCUUAAGGCAGCAGAAUUUAUUUUGUGAUGUAUCAAUUUAUAUUAAUGACACUGAGUUCCAGGGGCACAAGGUGAUUUUGGCUGCUUGCUCCACUUUUAUGAGAGAUCAGUUUUUACUCACACAGUCAAAACAUGUCAGAAUCACUAUCUUGCAGAGUGCAGAAGUUGGCAGGAAAUUGUUACUCUCUUGCUAUACUGGAGCACUUGAAGUUAAAAGGAAAGAGCUUUUGAAAUAUUUGACUGCUGCCAGUUAUCUUCAGAUGGUUCACAUUGUGGAAAAAUGCACAGAAGCUUUGUCAAAAUAUCUGGAAAUAGAUCUUUCUAUGAAAAACAACAGCCAACACACCGACCUGUGUGAAUCCUCUGAUCCAGGUGUUAAAAAUGAAGAAGAAAAUUCUGAUAAAGACUGUGAGAUAAUUGAAAUUUUGGAAGAUAGUCCUGUAAAUAUAGAUUUCCAUGUUAAAGAAGAGGAAAGCAAUGCCUUACAGUCUACUGUAGAGAGCUUGACAUCAGAGAGAAAGGAAAUGAAGUCGCCAGAUCUGUCUACAGUAGAUACAGGUUUUAAAGACAAUGAAAUUUGUAUCCUCCAUGUAGAAUCCAUCAGUACAGCUGGUGUAGAAAAUGGGCAGUUUUCACAGCCUUGUACCUCUUCAAAAGCAAACAUGUAUUUCUCUGAAACACAGCAUUCAUUGAUUAAUUCUACAGUUGAGAGCCGAGUGAUGGACGUUCCUGGGAAUCAAGGUCAGGGCAUAUUUUGUGAAAAUACUGAAGGAAGUUAUGGUACAGUGAAUGAGAUUCAGAAUCUGGAGGAAAGUUAUUCACUGAGGCAUCAGUGCCCCAGGUGUCCUCGAGGCUUCCUUCAUGUUGAAAACUAUCUACGCCACCUUAAGAUGCAUAAACUAUUCUUGUGCUUACAAUGUGGGAAAACAUUUACACAGAAGAAAAAUCUCAACCGUCAUAUUCGAGGACACAUGGGGAUAAGGCCCUUUCAGUGUACAGUGUGCUUGAAGACAUUUACUGCUAAAAGCACUCUUCAGGACCACUUAAACAUACAUAGUGGGGAUCGGCCAUACAAAUGCCAUUGUUGUGAUAUGGAUUUCAAGCACAAGUCUGCUCUCAAAAAGCACUUAACUUCUGUUCAUGGCAGAAGCAGUGGUGAAAAACUAUCUAGGUCUGAUCUCAAAAGGCAAAAUACACUAUAAUUAGAAUCACAGACUUAGUAAAUAAACCUUAUAUCGUUCUGUUAGGCAAGUCUUUCAUAAAAAUUAGCAUUUGUAAUACUGGGUUCCCUUACAUCUUUAUGUUUGUUCUUAACUACAUAUAUUCUUCUUGAAGGAAAGUAACAGUUCCAAAGUUGUGAGAGGCAUGAUAAAAAGAUGAUGGGAUUUUGUCUCAUCUCUUAUGUUACAUGUAAGUCCCAGUGAUAUACCUAGAGAAAAAGUGUCCAUUCUUCUCUUACACGUUCUAGAUGCUAGUCAGAGAAUCCAGCAGGAUUUGCAGAUUCUGAUUUGGAGUCUCUAGAUAAUUGAUUUAAAUGUAAAAUCCAAGCAUAUAACAACAAUGAAUUAAGAUAAUAGGAAGAGAAAAAUAAAUGUAAAAACAUUAUUACCUGUUACUAGUCACUUUAAGAACAGAGAAAACAAACUUUUUUUUAACUUUCAACCAACUGCUCUUUUAUUCUAUAUUUCCAGAUUCUAAACUAAAUACCAAGGUACCUUUGGUCUAAUUUUUUUUUUUUUUUUUUCUUGAGCAGAGUUUCACUUUGUCACCCUCAGUAGAGGGCUGUGGUGUCAUAACUCAAAGCAACCUCAAACUCUUGGGCUCAAGUGAUUCUUGUCUCAGCCUCCUGAGUAGCUGGGACUGUAGGCACCCACCACAGCACCUGGCUAUUUUUUAGAGAUGGGAUACCACACUUGCUCAGGCUGGUCUUAAACCUGCAAUCUACCCGCCUCGGGUACCUUUUUGUUUUAAAACUGUAAAAGUACACAAUUCAGAUUUCACUGGAGAGUAGCAGAAUUUCCUUAUAAUGGGUUAGUAUUCCUUAAAAUACUUUACUACAUGAUUCGUUAGUAUAUAUAUUUUAGAAAUAACAGCCCAAUUUCUUUUCUUUCUUUUUUUUUUGUAGAGACACUGUACUGCCCUCGGGUAGAGUGCCCGUGGCGUCACACGGCUCACAGCAACCUCUAACUCUUGGGCUUACGCGAUUCUCUUGCCUCAGCCUCCCUAGCAGCUGGGACUACAGGCGCCCGCCACAACACCCGGCUAUUUUUUUGUUUUGUUGCAGUUUGGCAGAGGCUGGGCUCGAACCCGCCACCCUCGGCACAUGGGGCCGGCGCCCUACUCCCUGAGCCACAGGCGCCGCCCUGAGCCCAAUUUCUUAAUUUUACUUAAUUGGAUUUAAUCAUUUUGUGGUCAAUAAAAUUAUACCAUUGAGAUGAGGCUGUGAAAAAUUAGUUUUCUUAGAAAUUCUAACUUUACCAAAGAUAUUUGUUCUAUUUCCUUAUGAAAGUUUCGCUUUAUUUUUUAGUUAACAUAGUAGAAUUGAAAUUGUUUUUUAGUGUAUGGUUCCAUAAAUUUGAGCACAUGCAUAGAUUUGUGUACCACCACUGCAGUCAGGAUACAGAACAGUUUCAUACCUCCAAUGACUCCUUCAUGUUGCCCCUUUGUAGUCAUCCUGUCCUAGCUCUAAUUCUCCAUUGCUAUACUUUUGUCUCUUCUGGAAUGCCAUGCAUUCCAGAAAUCUUACAGUAUGUUGCCUUUUUUUCAUGCAGCAAAAUGCCUUUGAGGUUCAUCCAUGUUUUGUGUAUCCCUUUUUAAUUUUAAAUUGGUAAUAUAUAUUAGCUGUAGCUACCAUGGAAUAAACAGUUCAAACAUAGGUAUCGGUAGCUAUUAGUAUUUUUUUUUUUUUUUUUUUGCAGAGACAGAGUCUCACUUUAUGGCCCUUGGUAGAGUGCCGUGGCCUCACGCAGCUCACAGCAACCUCCAACUCCUGGGCUUAAGCGAUUCUCUUGCCUCAGCCUCCCGAGUAGCUGGGACUACAGGCGCCCACCACAAUGCCCGGCUAGUUUUUGGUUGCAGUUUGGCCGGGGCCGGGUUUGAACCCUGCCACCCUCGGUAUAUGGGGCCAGCGCCUUACCGACUGAGCCACACGCACCGCCCAGCUGUUAGUAUUGUUGAUUAUAUUUUUCCAUUUUUAUUAAGAUAAUUUUCAUUCACUUUGUAUUGACAAAGGUCUUAACCAUCUGUAAAGUUUUAUUCUGUAUUUCCAGAAAAGUGCCAAAAGCAAAGUCAUAAUUGUAGGAUUAUUUCAGUGAGUAAUAUUUUGGAUUGCCAUUCCUCCAUAUCCCUGUCUACAUAUAAUACAAAACUUUUUGAAAUGACCGCAACAAAGAUUAAAAUCUGCAGGGCAAGUCAUAUUACCUAAAACAUAGAAACUGCUCUUUUAGUAAAGAAGCCUAACUGGAUGCAUUCUACUUUGAAGUUGUUCUAUUCCUCCUGUACUUACCUUAGCUUUAUGUAGAAUUUCUACUAUACUUAAUUUCUAUUGAAACCCUUCCAUAUUUUAAAAUGUUAAAGUUUUACCAUCUAUAAGAAUUUUGUGAAGAAUCUCCUGUUCAUUGUUACAAAUGUUAAAUAUCCUUUUUGUGAUUCUUUUGUGGGAAACAUUCUUCAUAGAAUUUAACUCUGGUGGAGACUAGAAUCUAGGUAUCAUAUUUGAUGAGAAAACUUUAUAACCGUGGUCAGUAUUUAGUGACAUAGGGCAAUUCUCUCUAAACUUUAAAAAAAAUUAUAUGUAAAAUAACUUUCAUCUUGGUCAUUUGUAAGAUCAUUUCCAGGUCUAAGAUUCUAAUUUUAUAUUUAAUUCUUCCAGAGAACAGAGAAGAGGGGAAAGCAAGAGAGGAUAGUUUUUUGUCUUCAUGAACUUUGUUAUUUGGGUACUCCACGGGAGACAGUUUUUUUAAAGUAAAUAGUGGGUUUGUUCCCACUGGAGAAUAUGAUAGCUCAGUGCUUAAUUUUCUUUCCUACUUGACAUAAAAUUGGCCAUUUGCAGGCGAGAAAAAUAUUUUCUUUUCAGAAAUAGUCUACUUGUGAUUGAAGUCUUUUUCUUAUUUUUGCUUCCUAAGAUGAAAUGGGGAGGGGGGAUGUGCAUAGGAGAGGUUACAAAAAAUAGUAAUGAACUAAUCUUUUUAGAAUUUGGUAUCUUCUAUCUUGGAUGUUUGAAAAAAGUUUGGUUGAAACCGUGUUGAAAUUUUAUGUGUGCCUUGUAAGAGUGUUGUAAAAUUUUUUUGUGAGCACUUUGAGAUUUUUGCUGGGGGUAGGGGUGUUGUGACAGUGAUGGCUAUAAUUUAUAAUAUUUAUUCCUGUUCAGUAGCACAGAAUGAUCUCAAAACAUUCCUAGGAAAGAAUCUGUUUGCAUGAUGGUGUCUAUAAAACUUCAAGAAACUGGAAUCUUUUAAAUAAAAGUGCAGUUACGACAAUAUGUAGAAUUUAUUCAUUUGAAAUAUUCACUUUUAGUUGUUUGUGUUUCUGGUAGGACAGAAAAACCCAGUAGUUCAGUCUCUUACUGCAUUUAUGUAUAAAAGAUCUUGAAAUGUAGUUGUUACUUUGUUGUAAGAGAAAAUUCUUGCCCUUUUUGUGGGAUGUAACUAUGUCAUAUGUUUAAGUAAGAAAAAUAAACUGGAGGUGGGAA